GCAUUAAAUAACUAGGUCUGUGUCUUACCAAGUUAUCACUGUUUUCUAAAACAGUUCAAAACAGUCUGUAAUCCUGGCUUGGAAUUUGUGUUUCUUUUCCCUUUCACGGUCUUAUUCAUUGAAGACCUCCGCCAGCAUAAUUUCGGAAUUUGAUAUAGUUAAACAUCUUACGGAAUCAUAGGACAGAGGUUCUAGAAGUGUCUAACAUGAGCAACGUGUACGCUAAACCAUCAAACAACCAGUACACAUAUAAUUACAACGAAGUAGAGAAUAAUUUGACACACACCCAGGACAUUCUGCGUCGAAUUAAUUAUCAUUGCAUGCGAAAGGACAAAAUCAAGAAGUUUAAGACAAUCGUUUUUAGAAGACACGUCAAAAUGCCUACAGUCGCAAAAAUUCAUUGGUUGGGCGCCUAAAGAGCUACAAUUUCGCAAGGAGGUCGCGAAGAGUUUGAAAAUUUCUAUUCAAAAUGGUUGCUCAAAAGUUCACCUGUCCGAGUCGGAGCGACGAUAUCGGAAAUAAAUACGAAAGGAACACCCAUAGAUAUGGUUUUUUCGCAAACGGAUGCCAGUCCCCAAUCUUUUUUGAAAGUGGUAGAGCUAAAUCUUUUAAAGAAUCGAAAGGUGAACGGCACUACCGGAUCCAUUAUCGGCGGCGGUCUUCAAACACCAACUCUACCUGCGCCAGUGGCCACAACAAGCUUUUCAGAGAUAUUUUUGAAACCAGAACCUCUAUUCGAGAGUACAAUGUUCCACGAAUCGGACUCCGAGCUCUUCCGAGAUCUGGCUCCGUGGUGUGUACAACCUGCGGAAGAAACAGUACAGACUGGCAUUGACAUAAAGAAGACUCAAGAACGUGCACACACCACUGACACACUACAUACACCAACCUCGCCGCAAGGCUGGGACAAUUCGGACGCUAAUUCCCCCGGGCUCGGUUUUCACUAUUCUGCUAUCAAUGACCCAUUGUCACCUAAUCUAGACCUGUUUUCUCAACUUGACAGUAAACUAAUGUAUUCUGACCAGGAAAAGAAACUGGAAGAUCUAAAUUGGGAAAUUGAAUCAAUGCCUGUAGUGAUGGAACCUGGGACUUUGGCGCCCGAAGAGUCGUUUGACUGGAAUCCGUGCCGUGACACGGGAAAUAUCGAUUCAAAUUACACACACGAAUACACUCCAACAAUAAACACACACAAUACGUUCAUCAUGGACGAGGAUUCUUCAGACAUAAAACUAGACACCGUCAUACCCACCGAAGUGGAAUACAAUGACAUGGUCAUAACAGACUACGUUCUAAACGAGGCUCGUGACAACUGCGGCGUCUUGGAACCAACACGAGUGGAGCGAUCACGUCCAGGUCUGUCCCUUAACAUGACAAAGAAGAUGUCGUGGACUGGUGAUAUCGUCAGCACGCCAGAAAUUGUGGAUAUCGUCACGCAACUGAAAGAAGGAUAUCAAUUGCCAAAUGAGAGUCCCCUAUCUUGGCCUUUGCACCCAGAUCCAGCUUCUGUUCCGUCGGACGUCGCUACAACAUCUGCUGCGGCCUCUGUAGACUACGAGUCGUUCACACCAAAAACAGAAUCUCUGGACUCCGAAGAAGAAGACGUCAAACACUUCAACAGCCGGAAGAGGCAUCGCAAUAGUGAAGAUUCGGACGAACCAUACACCCCAUAUCCCACUCGAUUGAGCAGAAAACCCAAGAAAAGGAAACUGCAUGUUCCAAUAAGAGAUCUUAUUCAGGAGCUGGAAGAAGCACAACCAAAAGAUCACGAAAAACCUAAGCGAGGCCGUCCUCCUAAAAGAAGAGAUAGCACAGUAUCUUCUGUUUACAGCGUAGACGAUAACGCAUCUACAGUAUCUACACAUGAAAUUAAAUAUAGGGAGCUACGAGACAAAAAUAAUGAAGCGUCUAAGAGAUCUAGGAUGAACAGAAAACUCAAGGAGCUCCAAAUGGAACAACUUGCUGUCGAAUUGGAAGACAGAAAUAAAAAAUUGAAAGUCAGAGCUGACAUUCUCGAAGACAUGACCAAGAGAAUGAAAGAGGCUCUGAUGUCAGCUAUUCUGCAAAAAUGAAUAUGUAAUUGCAUACUCACUGCACGGUGCUCCUAGGGUUUUUUGUGCAAUACAGUAAUGAACUGUAAGCAUUAUCUCUUAUCGAAAUAAUAUUGUGUUUGCAAUUGCAAGUGAUUGUAUCAUUGUAGUUAUAUACAUAAUAUAGACAUAUUGUUAUCGCAAGUGUGUUUUGUUUGCUAUAGUAAUGUUUACAAUAUUAUGGAAGAUAUUGGAGAGACAAAUGAGAUGCUAUGAAUUGUAUAAUUUUAAAUAUUCUCGGACUUGACUCAUAAUUUUAGCCCGGAUGUGACUUUCUAGGUUUAAGACAUUAAGUACAUAAUUGUUAUUGUAAUACCUGACACAGUAACUAACGUCUGUGUUUGUUUUUGACUAUAUCAAAAUGUUUAAAAAAAUCAUUCUUAGUUGUAUGACGUAGAACUUCGACAAUAUUUUUGUUUAAAAAGUCGAAGUUAUAAUAAUAAUAGAGAUAAAAAAAGUAAAAAA